AUGGCAGAGGUUGUAGAAGAUUUUUUGAGGAGAGAGAGAUUUCAAGGUUGGAGUACCCGGCUUCUAGGCUGUUUGGCCAUACAACUUUGCCAAGCUGGAAUCGAAGCACCCAGAAGCAAACUGAUCUUGCAUUUAGUAGCACAUCUUCCACUUCAGCCGCACUCUGGAGUAAAGAUUCAUGUUUCUUUGGUCACUAGAAACCUCCAAGAUUAUUUAUCUUCGUGUAAUUUGGGGCCGAUUUUGUCACUCCCAUGUUCCGAAAGUCUUUUCACCGAAUUAAUAAACCUUGACUGUUACUGGUGUCACUUGUCUUGCGUUUGCGAGGACGAGGAAGAUGAACCCCCUAUUUUAAAUAAGGAAAAAAAGGUUUUUUCGCCUGAGGGUUUGUUGCAUGAAGAUUGUGAUGGUUUAUCGCAGGCUGUUUGUGAAACUUGCCGAAACGGUCUUUCAGUUCGUGUGUGCGACAGUUUUCGUCUUUCUGAAAAGACGUUGGAUAUAUUGAAUGCUUUGUGCCCCUGUAAAUAUCCUUCAGAAUUUGAUGCAGUACGCAUGGUUGCCUAUUCUUUAUCAAUUACUGCUCGCUUAAUACUUUCUAUUGAUGCUCCUUUUGAAGCUGUGAUUCGGAAUUUUAUGGAGACUGCAGUUCCAGAUUUCCGGAAUAUAAGUGAUUUUCGAACGUGGGUCUUGUUUAUGUUACUCGCGUUGAAAGCAACUAAAUCUUUAAUCCUUGGAAACUUGCGAUUUGAAAACAAUCUGCAGGAAUUAUUUUUGUACAUACAACUGAUUCUAAAUUUUGCUCAAAAGGUGACUCGGAUUUUUCUGAAUGAAGUGGUUGGGUUAGAAAUGAGUUUUGAUUUCUCAUCGGAGGAAGCAAAAGACGAUUUUCCGCUGUUUAUUAUGAAAGAGUUGUUCAGCCAAGUAACCGAUAUUUUUCGGGUGAUGAAUGCAUAUUUCGUAAAAGUUAUUUCACGACGUCCCUUAUCGCAACAUCCCGAAGCUGAACCUGUUAAAUAUGUCUGUAGCCACGUCCUCAUGUGUUGCGAUGGAUUAGGCUAUGUUGAAACAGUGCGCGAUGUGUUCGCGCUUGCGGAGAAGACGGGAUUUUCCCAGGAAAAAGUGGCAGAGGAAUUUUUCUUCUCCAUAAUGCGGUUAGCCGAACGCUUACAUAUGCUUGGGCGGUGUCGUAGUGGAGUUAACACAAAGGCUGUGGAAAACGAAAGCUCGUCAUCCGGUACUUUAAACGGUGAAUGGAAGUGCCCGUUGUCAUAUCUUUUUUCUUUAUGUUCAUCUUUAUUGUCUGACUCAUCUGACAGGAAAAUUUUUGACAUUUGUGUUUCUUGCAUUCGUGAGUUUCCUCGCGGCAUAUGCUCUUGUACGAGUGCCUCUGACAUCAUUGAACACCUUGUAUGUGAAAAUGUGAUAAAUUUGCUGUCAGAAGAGUUUUAUGAAGCCCUCGAGUUUCAUUUAGCUUGCUUCGUUCCAAAGAAGGACGUAAAUUUUGUUUCCUACGAAAUGCAAGAAUAUUUUGCCAAACACCAAUCAGAUGGCCUUUCUUCCUUACGAUAUGUCCUGAAAUUGCUUCGACUUUGUUUCCCUUAUCUUACCGAAGAAUGCUGUCAUGCAAUCGUAGAAGCGGGUUUAAAGCAAUAUACGUAUUGGCAACAAGCUCAACUCUGUAGUCAGGAAAGUUUGGGUACCUCAUUUUCCUAUGCGCAUUUGAUAUUUGUCGACUUUCUUUGUGAGGUUGAUUUUGACGACGGAAUCGCAAAACUAUGCUAUCAAAUGAUUAUUCGGCCUGUAUUGGAAGAUAGUGAGACUUGCCUAGAUUACUUGAUUCCUUGUAUGAACUUAGCCGCUAAUGUUUUAUCUUUAGACGCCUUCGAGCCAGGUAAAGAAGACUUGUUAUUGUGCUUACUGGAGGCUGCUGAAAACAUGGUAUCUAUAGCUAAGCAGGAUUUUUCCAACUUUCUGCUUAAAUCCGAUGCUGGUCGCCGUCUGCAAUCAGUUUUGUCUGUUGUAGCUGAUUCCUUCCUUAUCCUUAAAGGUCUCCCUGAACCUAUAAAAAGCAGAAUUAACGCUCUUUGCUCUUCGUUCAUUGAUAUAUUUUUUGGUUAUCGGUAUCUCGGGGAGCGUUCUUCUGUAUUCUACAACUUAGGACAAUUAGUUGGACUGUGCCUUAGUAUUCAGGGGUCUCUUGAUGACAUUCAUGAGGCGUUAGAUACUUUCUGUUCGAAAUGCAUGGAUUUGGUUCAAAAGAAGGAGCUUCUACCCUUUUGGAAUCAUUUACUGUGUGUUUUUAUUGACUGCUCUUCUAGUAGAAAGUACUGUAGAGAGUUUGAAACUUUCACAAGUUAUGAAAACUUUCUUGUGAGGAAGGUUCUUAAGCUAUUUACUGCCACCUGCGCUCGUUCUAAGAACAAUAUGGAAACCUUGGCAGACUCCAGCAUUAUGUCUGAUUUGUGGGAAAUAGUUACGCUCUUAUCGAGAUAUUCUUGUUCUGUAGACACUUUUAAAGAAGCGAUAAGCACCUUUUCCCGAUUUGUUUCUUUCCAGUCGGAACCAUUUGAAUUGAAGCCGUUGCUUUCGCUGUACUGCAGAACUACCCGGUUUAAGGCGCAAGUACUAGAAGUCAUACAAAGUUUAAUAGACACUGCGCCUGAAGGACCUACAUGCUGUCUUAUUUUUCCACAAAGGGCUUUGCCCGAGAUCAAUUCUUGCAGUUCUGAAACUUCUGUCGAAGCUGUUGAAGUUAAGCCUGAGGGAAAUUCUUUUAUGAAUGUUGUUGAACGGUUGUUUUCAUUCACUUCAUUCGAGAAAACUGGCUCUUCUGAAGUAAAAGGGUCUCCCGUUUCAAGUGACGAGAACACGAGUAACUCGGGAAAGUUGUCACCUGUGGCCGUUGAAAAACCUCGUUACGGAGCUGAAAUUUAUUUUGAUGAUUUAGUUCAAGUGGAGCUUUCCUCGGGAUUUUUCGUUUCAUUUUGGAUUCUUCUGGAGAGCCAAACUGGCCAGCAUAUUCCUUCUCGUGUUUUACCAAUUUGCUCUAUAGGAUCAAGUACGUUUAGCCUACACCUUACGGUUGGAUCCGAUUUAAAGUCUUUUUAUGUGGGAGCAUAUGCAAACAAGAAGAAGAUUUAUGAAAUUAUCAGGAAGCAUAAAGUUUUAUUGCGAGAUAGGCGCUGUACUUCUAUUGACGGCUUUUUUACGGCUUUGGGGGAACCAGUCGGAUUAAGAUUCAACUUUGGUGCAAUCUUAGGUGACAGUGAUGACUCAACAUUUCGUUACAAGCUUUCAUCAGUCUUUGGUUUCAGUGGAUUACUAUCUGAAAAGCUUUCUCUUGUCUUGUAUUCCUUGGGUUGCGAUCUUUGCUCCCUAGCCGAGACGAAGACGAGUACUUUGGAAUCUUUAUUUCAUUUCCCAAUAAAUUUCUCGCGUGCUGAGUUGACAGAGAAUGAAGACAACUUUUCCGACUUUGUUGGAAGUCUUCCAAUUCUUUUGAAAAGUUCAACUCCUGCAUCUUUUGUUAGUUAUGUUUCACAGCCAGAAACCGAUCAAGUUCCGGAAGGCUCGGAAGGGUUAUUGUCACUGGUUCCAAAGGAUGGCGCUGUAGCGUGGACGUGUGACAUCGUUCAUUGUCAUAAUGUAACACUUCAACGUUGCUUUUAUCCUCUGGGCUCAACUCGUUUGUUCAUCUACUUUCUUGCUCAUGCAAUUGAUAGUCAUUCAGAACACCAAGUUCAGUCACUGGCGCUGAAACUAAUUUUAAAGUACAUCAGAAGAGGAGGUUUGGUAAAAACCGAGUUUUGUUUUUCAAACGGAUGGGAUGUUAUUAUUCGUUGUUUCUCUUCACCCCUCGCAGUCAUUGGACUUUCUACUGUCUCAGUUAUAACUGAACUUAGCAUCAGUAAUUUAAAAGGCGACCAGGGAUUUAUGAAUUCUUACGCAGUCAUAUAUGACCCGGAACUAUUAAAAAGCUUUAGCUGCUGUUUGAACAUUUGGCGUGGUGAUGAUAGGAUGGUCUAUUGGGCUCGCUUGCUUGAAGUCGUGGCUGAUUGCGUAAGCAAUAACGCAUGUUUGUUUAUUCAGUUCAAUAGAGCUCAGUUACGUCGGACAGACUUCCUAGUAAACUUGUUUCAUACCUGUCAAGGGAUGUUGCAAGAUGAGCGCAAUUUUCGUUUGACUGGUGAUGCUGGAGCUAGUGCUGUGAAUUCCAUUACGCGAAUUACUUCGGCACUAAGUGAACAGGAUGAAACCGUGAACUCAAUUUUGAUUUUAUGGAAUUUUGUAUUUUUGUCGCAUCCUGCCGUUGACACCUAUUUAAACUAUAAGAUACGUGGACAUGUUGACUGGAUUAAAAUAGAAUUUAUGAGAGAUGAGGAGACGGAGAUAGUGGAGAAGGAGUCGGAUCUAACGAAACGUUUGCGAGAAUACGUUCAAGUGUUGGGGAGAAAGCGUGUGUCAGAAGUGUGGGCUACGCAGAGAUCUGUAAUAGCGCUACGUGAUCUCUAUGAGCAAGAAAAAGAGCAAGGAACCGAGGAUAUUUUGCCAAAACACGUAAAAAGUCCUUCUAAAAUUGUCGAUUUUGUACUGCAAGCAAUUAAUAAAGAAAACACUACUAAGGUUUCGACAUUGGAUAGGCAAUACAAAAAUGAUGAUGUGUCUGACAGUUCGGAGGGCGUGUCCGCAAACUGGUUUACUGAUCUUCGAACUGGCGUUACUAAUAUAAUAUCUGCUUUCGUGCAGAAUGGAGCUGAUGAUAUGGUCAGCAACAUAUACGGUGCAAUAAAUUGGCAAUCAGUAAUCGUUCUGUUGACCAAUCAGGAUGAUAUAAAGUUGAGGAACUCGGUUUUUCUAUUUUUCCAGAACUAUAUGCUCAGGGCGCCUACCAAGGUGAAGCAAGCGUUUAUCAAGGGUUGCGGAUUUGCUAUAUUAGGGAAUCAGUUGCGUGGCUAUCGAGUUACGGCACAAAUAGCUGACUCACUUUUUAGCCUUUGUUGCGGAGAGUUUGUCCGUCUUGAUGAGGGGCUUGAUCCGGGACGAAUUCAAGCAAUUUCUGUAGACCAGUUUAGCUGUUCUGCAUUUGAUGCUUUGUUCGUGUUGUGGGAGGAGAGUGCUUCUGUUGACAAUGCACCUAUUUUUUGGAACAUUUCUUCAGCGUUUUCCAAGAUCUUCGACUUCAAUUCGCUUUUAAUGCAAGCUAUGAUGGACGCCCAGUUUUGUGAUGUCCUUGCUGGAGUUUUACGAAAAAUUGCGGCUAUUCCCUUUGAGUAG